GACCAUGAAGAAGGAAUUUCAAAUGCAGACGUUUUCCUUAUCAUAUGUAUGUCGAGUUAUGCCAUUAAUGAAGUAAAACAGCUUUGUAUAGCCAUACGCAGAAAAUGCUUUCGUUUAUAUAUAAUGGACUUCUGGAAUGUUUGGGAUUGGUUAGCAUUGCUCUUUUACGUCAUUGGAAUGCUGGUGAAGAUGGAAAAGGGAACUGGUUGGACAUUCAAAAUGAUUCUAAUUACAACCUUCAACAUUUUAAGCAUCCGGAUAAUUCCUCUUAUCUGCAUCUCAGAAAUACUUGGACCAAAGCUUGUCACCAUUAAAGGAAUGCUUAAAGAUACAAUAGGGUUCAUGGCAAUCAUGGCCGUCAUAAUGACGUGCUACAAUGUUACCUACUACACAAUGUUAUAUUCGAAUAAUGCAGAAUUUUCCUACGACACAGUUAAAACAGUUAUGUUCAAUGGCUAUUGGAUAUUGUUUGGAGAAUUGGACUUAGAGAGAGAUAACCUAAAAGAACCCGAGUGCUCAUUUUCAAAAGAGGAUUAUAUCAAUGGAAAAGCAGAACGAUGCCCCUCGACAAUUGGUCGUUUACUUGGGCCUUAUUUUAAGGCUUUGUAUGCGUUUGUUGCUGUGAUAAUGAUGCUUAACAUUUUGAUUGCUACAUACAACAAUAGAAUUACUGCAAUACAUGCUCGAGCCACAUUCCACUGGUCCAGACUUAAGUAUCGCUUUUUAGAAGAGUAUAGUUUACAGUCGAUUUUCCCUUUUCACAUGCAAGGUCUAGCUAUGCUUGCUUGUCUUUUCCAUUUUUUAUUUUGGAAAUGCCGUGGAGCUUGUAAACAGAAGGAAACGAAUCCAAAGUUUAUCAGGGUUUUUUGGUACGAUACAGAUUUUGAUGUUGAACUAAAGGAAACAAAGAUUAAGGAAGAUCUUGCUGCGCUAGGAGAAAACAUGGAUGUCGGAUUUGAAGAAUGGUUUAAACUAAAGACUCCUGAAGAGGAAAUAAAGGAAUUGAAGCAAUGUAUCAUAGAAAAUAAUCGAAAGAUGGAGGAGAAAUUUCAAACUAUAAUAAAGGAGAUUAGGGAAAGAUGUAACUAAAUUAACAGAUGCACAGGAAAAAGAAUAACUCGGGCUCAGUGAUAUAUCUUUCCGGCUAGUGCAUAAUAUUUUUUAAGGUUUAAAACUCUUGAUUUUACUUCGUUCAGUUAUAUAAAACACAAAAACAUAAAAAAAAUAACAGCUGUUUUAAAAUAUAUGGUUAUUUAGGUUCUCAAACUUAGGCAUGGUGGUAAUUCAUUGAUUAAUACUAUAACUAUCUUAUGUUUGAUAUACAUGUAAGUCAAAGAAACAUUCUGCAUUUUCUAAAGAUACAAGAGUGGUCCAAAAAAAAAAUCAUUUUCAGAAUCUUUUGUUUUACUAAGACUAUGACAUUUAAUAUUACCAUA